ACAUGGCGGCCGGGACAGCAGGGGGCGUCUAGAGGUGCUGUGAGAGUCGCCGUCUGAUGAUCUGCUGGUCACUCAUAUAAUAAUAAAAGCAGUCUUCCACCCACCCGCUGCUCAGUUCAUACUUGCUGCACUCCAAAGCUGAGCUACCUACACACCUACAUGACAUUUAUGGUAGGUGUCAUCUUGUCUGCUGAAGGUGAACGAACGCAAUCAGAGCAUCCAAGAAUACUGCUCAACAUGCAUGCAAAUACAGAAGAUGGCUUCAUGGUGGCCAGGAUGGAGCUGAAAGUGUGGGUUGAGGGAAUCCAGCGAAUUGUGUGUGGCGUCACAGAAACCACAACCUGCCAGCUCAAGAAAUGGUACCUGCAGGAUGUUGUGUAUGCACUGGCACAUGCUACUGGCAAGACUGGCCGCUUCACCCUCAUUGAGCGCUGGCGGAACAAUGAGCGUCUCCUGGCCCCCAAUGAGUACCCUCUGAAGAUACUUAUGAAAUGGGGAGAAUACUCCAAUGAUGUUCAGUUCAUCCUCCAGCGGUCUGCUCUUGAGCCUAAGACCUCCAAUGGCCCGUCUGGCCUCCGUCCCAGUGGUCACCCUAGAGUGGAGCCUCCAAGUAGAGCCACUCUGUCCCAGAGUCCGCCGGUCACGCAAGACCGGCCCAGACAGUCUCCACAUACUCAUAAAGAUCUGAAGAAGUCACUCACCUUCAGUGGAGGGCAUGCAGAUUUGCGGCGCUUAGAUGCAGGCACCCCAUCACCCUCCCAGGGAUGUCCACCCUUGUCACCAGGCAUGAUGUCCCCUACCGGCCCACGCCACAGUGAUUUCCCUUACUCCUCUCCACCCACAAGCCCCCACUGGGAGGGCCAAAUGCUGCCCACUGAGGCAUGCAAGGCAGACCAGCAGUCUUGCCCUGUUGCCUGGAGACCCCCUGCACCCCCACCCUAUGAGCUGGUGCGAGGCAACCCACCUCCUCCUCCAUCAGCUUCAAGGAUUGGAGUUGACAAUGUCCGGGCCACUAGUCACUGGAGUGCCCCCUGGCCUGGCUCCCAUUCCCCUCCAGCCACCUCCCAGCCAACCCCAUUAAGUCCCCACUCCCCUAUUCGUUCUCCACCUGCCACAGAGCCCCCAUACUCCCUGGGCAGGAGGGAGCAACGCCCCGAGCUGCCAAGGAAUGAACCUGUAUAUAGCGAUGCCAGGCGGCCUCCCUUCCCUGGCUAUGCACACCCUGGGAGCGGCAGUCUCAACACCACUCCUCCUGGCUCCCUGUAUCAGCCCCGUGGCCCUUCUCCUAGUCAGAUGUCUCCCAUGUAUAAUGGUCCUCCUCCUCCAAAACCACCCCACAUAUCAGGGCCACGAGAGCUGCCUCCAUAUCGACACCCACCACCACCUUCCUCUGUGCCUACCAAGGCCUCCCCUUCCCAUGGCUCGCCCCGGAAGGUUACAAAUGUUCAGACAUCUCCCACCAAGCAGCCAUUGCCACCGCCACCAUCAGCCCAAGUGCCACUUUCAAGCAACAAAGUGCCUAAUCCCCACCAAAUUGGCUCAUCGUCCCAUUCAUCACCCAUCCGCCACCCAUCACCCACCAGGCAUUCCUCGCCCACCCGCCACCCAUCCCCAUCACGUUCAUGUCCAGUUGGCUCAUCUGUCAUCAACUCGCCAAGUCCUCACAGCAACACCAAGAACCCUCGGUCUGGCAGCCCUGUAAAGGCCAUGCAGGUGAGACACAACAUGGAAGAGUUCCCAGGUGGUAACUUACUGGACAAGGGCAUUGCCAAGACAGGCACGGAGGAGCAGAGUGCAGUACGUCACGGGGAGUACCACCCAAGGAAAGAAGAUGGCGCAAACAGCAACUCUGCAAAAGAGGUUAUUCAGUCUAACAUUGUGAAUAAUAGCAUUGGCAAGCCUAUGCCAGAUGUCCAGAGCAAGACAAACCAGCACAAUCGAGGCAGCAUUGACCGACUGGCUGUGGAGAGUGUGAGUGUGUUUGGGAGGCGAGGUACCAGUGAAGAGCCCUUCACCAACAAGGACUCACCACACCCAAAUUGUAGUGACCGCCUUAACACAUCUCUUGAUUCUCCACAUUCCAACCAUUGCAUUAAGUCACCUCAUACCAGGAGAAGCCCUGCUAAGGAGUCUCCAAAAAGUGGGAGUGAGGGAGUGCGUGUGAGCCACAACAACAAGAUGGAACAGGUGGUGAUAGAUGGCAAGUAUCGUGAUCUCAUCAAGCUUAUCAACUUGCAGCGGGACAAACUCAACAACCAGCAGGUGGAAAUGACCAAGUACGAGGCUGAGAUAGCAUAUCUGGAGGGGCGAUCCAGGGAGGAUGAGUCUCGGCUUGCCCAUGUCACUUCAGAGAUUGAAAGGCACGAGAAGUUAGCUCAGCAGAUUGAUGAAGAGGUAAAUCACCUGCAACAGCUGGAGCAGGAGGCUGAGGGAGCACAUCAGGCAGAAGACAAAGUUAAAGCAGAGAUCAGUGCUCUGCAGGCACAGUUAGCUCACUGUGAGAAUCAGCUGGCUACCCAUAGAGAGAAGGUGUCUGAGCUGGAGAAGAGCAUGGAUGAAGAACACCAGCGCAGUGAAGAGGAGGCACGGGCCCAGCAGGAUGCCAUGGUGAGGGAGAUUGAGAAGCUCCAGGCAGCCAUUGCUCAGGCCAGUGCUCAGGCUGAACAUGCACAGGUUCAGUCUCAACAGAUUCUACAGGAGAUGGCAGACUCUGAGAAGACUAUAGCAGACAAGAAGAAAGAAGUGGAAAAACUUGUGAUGGAGAUGAAGGAUGCCAACCUGGAGUCCCUGUCCAUCACACCGUCAGAGGAAGUGCGCACCCUGCUGGAGGGUAAGACAGGAAAUCGGUAUGUCAGAGGAAAGCUUGUGUGGAAGGAGAAGCAGAAAUCAGAGGUGAAGUGUCCAUCAGUACUAUUAUAGCUAUUGUAGUAGGAAGUCCACUGAUAUUUCUUGUAUACUCUCAUUUAACUUGAAACUUUGGAUUUGUAAGUGUGCAGUUGUGUUUGGUGGUCAGUGUGUUGCUGGUGUUGAAGCUGAAGGUUAUUGGGAUUCCUUUGGUAUGCACUGAACAAGGUCUUCAGCUAGACUAUGUGAGGAUCUUCUUGUCAACACCAAGCUCAGUCAGUGGCCUAUUCUGUGAAGAGAUAGUGCUUGCUGGCUCCUUGUGUGUGUGCAUGUAUUUUGUGGUGGUUGCAAGGAAAUUUUCUCUCUCUCUCUCUCUCUCUCUCUCUCUCUCUCUCUCUCUCUCUCUCUCUCUCUCUCUCUCUCUCUCUCUCUCUCUCUCUCUCUCUCUCUCUCUCUCUCUCUCUCUCUCUCUCUCUCACACACACACACACACACACACACACACACACACACACACACACUGCUAAUAAUGAACCAUGAUGUAGGUUUUGAUAAGCAUGAUGUAAUGUUUCAUUGGUAAUGGUAUGCAUAUAGUUUUUUCAGUGUUUUCUUAUUGCAUUUGUUUGCAUCUAAUCAUCAACAUAAUAUGAUUCAUGUAUGUAUUUUUGUCUUUAGUUACAGGUGCAGCUUAAAUAGCCAAAUAUUUUCAUGUGUGACUUGUGUAAAAUGUGUAUAUUGCCAAGUUAGCUGUUGGGUUGUCCAGCUGGCUGCUUUGUGUAAAUGUAUUGUACUUUUAAGUUUCAAAGUUCAGAGUAAUUGAGGGUGUAAUUACACUAUACCAAUGUAUCAGUGAGAGAAGGCCUUUUGUUAUUAUUAUUAUUAUUAUUAUUAUUAUUAUUAAUAUGUUAUUACUUCAUUAUUAUUAUUAUUUUAUUAUUACUUCAUUAUUAUUAUUAUUGUUAUUAUUGUUGUUAUUAUUAUUAUUAUUACUUCAUUAUUAUCAUUUCUUCUUAUAGUAGAAUUACAUUCAUCUGUUACACUCACCAAACCUAAUACUAUCUUGUUUUGUUUGGUAGCAUUCCAUAUUACAUUGUUAUUUUCAUUGUUAGAUUUUAGUUGUUAUUUUUAGAUUGAAUUAGGAAGUUGUUUUGUAGCCAACAUAGUAAUUCACUAAAGAAAAUAACAUCAAAGGUAAUGACAUUUAUAAUAAUGAAGUAUGUUAUGUUAUCAGAAAAUGUAGUUUUGUAUGGUGGACUGAAACAGAUGGGUGUGAUUUUCUCUCUCUCUCUCUCUCUCUCUCUCUCUCUCUCUCUCUCUCUCUCUCUCUCUCUCUCUCUCUCUCUCUCUCUCUCUCUCUCUCUCUCUCUCUCUCACACACACACACACACACACACACACACACACACACACACACACAGAUAAAUAGGAUUAAAAAGAAAUAGGCCCACUACCAAGUUUUACAUACUCCUUCCCUCAUACUUUCAUAAUUUGAAUCAGUAUUGAACACACACACACACACACACACACACACACACACACACACACACACACACACACACACACACACACAGUAUUAAUCAGAUGUACGCGAGUGAUAAUGUACUAAUAACAAACCUUAUCCUAGGUAGAGAGGCCCCCUCGACAUGCUGCCAUAAUUUUAGGUCAUACUAAUUUCCAUUCAGUAUUGGUGGUGUUGAGGUGCAGGUGUGUAACAAUGGGAGGGAGAAACAACAGGAGUCGCCACUCAAUUGAAAAAUAUAUAUGAAUAUAAAUAAAUUAAAUAAAAACAAGUAUAUUCACGGUCAGCAGUGUUGCAGAUCAUGUACAGGUGUAUAGCAAGUAUUUUAAUUUACCAAAUAACAAAUACUCUUUAAAAAAAAAAAUCAUAAAACUGUAUAUACUUCAUACCGUGUUCGCAUUUUGACAGGAGCAUGCUGAGUAAAACUAUUCACUA